AUGCGCACUUACGACUCAAGAGGACUCGAGCAUCCCGGGAGGGCAUUAAUUCCAGGGUGGCGUCGACAAGCUCAACUGGAGUUCCUUCUUCGAAUUAUCAAAUCUUACAAUUUAGAACUUACGCGCUACAAAUUCAGUGGCGAUGUAGAGGUUUUAGAUAUCGAAAAUGAUAUGUACGAGAAUAUCAAGUUAUUAGGAAAUGAUGGAUAUUUACCUACAGAUAUUGUCAAGUUAGCGCAUCGCCUUCAACGUGAGGCUCGGCCGACAAGAGGUAUUUUUCGGCUGUUUCAAUUCGCUUUCCAGGUGGUUACUGGCUCGGAUUUCGAUGUACGUUUAUUGAACAAUAGGUGGUCCGAUAAAAUGGCCGCAAAAAAUCGCAUCGAUGGUUUAGACAGCAAGGUUUUGGAUGAACGUAAUAAGGCCAGAUACAAUGCUCUCGUCGAUAUGAAAAAUCACUGUCAGCCAGAUCGCGGCCAAAACGACAACGCAAACAGCUUGAAAGAACUACUUGAUUGGGCAGAAAGAGACAUGAAAAAUAUUCAGGGUAGGGAAUCGCUAACCUUGGAUGCUGCAACGAUUAGAAAAGAAGCCGAAGAGCUCCGGAAGCGAUUGCAAGCUUACAAACGCGAAGAUGCAGAGAGACUUCAGGCGGAAUCUGAGCGUAGAGCUUGUCGGUACGCAGAAGGGAAGAAAUUCGUCAUCAAAAACUGUCUCAAGGGAGAUUUUGAAUAUCAACAGAAGCUUCAGGCACCUUUGGCUUCACAUCCCAAUUUACGGACAAUUAUGGAUACCAUUCCAGAGUUUGAACUAUCCAUCAUUCAUGAAGGUAUGAAGAUCUUUUAUGUUGUCCAUCAUAUCGAACCAAACAAUAUUCUCAUCGACUAUGAAGAGACAGCUGACAAGCUUCUUCAAGUCAAAAGCAUCCGCGUCUCGGAUCCGGAAGAUCCUAUUAUUCUCUCUCCUGGUAAGGGAAUGGUUGGCGGCAAACUCGGCAACCAAUUUUGGCGCAGCCUGAAAUCUUGGUGCAAAGCAAAGCAGAGCGUCUCUUCUGACAUCUUUUCCAUAGGUAUAGUUGCCAUCUAUAUUAUAGAUAAACAGAUGAUAUUUUAUGACAGUUUAAGAAGCGAAAAUUUUGUCGAUGGCGAGGCAUGGAACCAAAUUAUAAUGAGGCAUAUCUCAUUUUUCUGGGUUCAAGAUAACUAUCUGGCAUUUCUAGAUCAUAUCGGGGAGGAUAAUCCGUUCUUCGAUCGUGUCAUUGAUAUGGUCAAUGACUUUAACGGUCCGAUGACACCUGUCCAGAAAUGGUCGUAUCUUGAUGCAGAGCUUAGAGAUCUGGUUGUGAAUAUGACGAGAUUGGAUCCUGCGAGUAGUCUCAGUGCAAGGGAGGCUUUGCAACAUUCGUUCUUUGGUGAUGACCGUAAAUAUUAG